AUGAGUGAAAAAGAAUUUUUUGAACCUCACAGAGAACCUGUUGAAAUUAGAACCAGAAUUAGGGAUGGCAAGAGUAGAUGGAAUGUCCGGAACCUUUUCCUUCUUGCGAUUGUUGCGUUUUCUGGCUUAAUCUUCACUAAUAGAAUCAUCUCGCUUGCUCCAGAAGUCAAUGAAAGAGAAGACCGUUCUAAAAUAUAUUUGAAGGCAUUGGAGACCAAUUUGGCUGGAAAUUGGUCCCAGAAGUACACGUCUGAGGCACAUUUACCUGGUACUAAUUAUGGGUUUGUUGAGUGGACCAAGAAUAAGUUCGAGGAAUACGGAUUCAAAACAUGCAUUGAUUCGUACGAUGUAUACGUCAGUUAUCCAUUUCAACAUGACUUGAAGCUUUUGGAUGCUAAGGGCAAACACACGUUAUAUGAGGCUCCAUUAAGGGAGGAUGAGCUUGACGAAGAUAAGACGUCUAAAGGUAAGGAUUUGGUUCCUACCUUCUUAUCAUACUCCGCCAAUGGCAAUGUUACAGCACAAUAUGUUUAUGUUAACUAUGGUACCAGGGAAGACUUUGCCACGCUUGAUUCGUCAGGGGUCAGUGUAAAGGGGAAGAUUGUUAUUGCAAGAUACGGCCAUAUUAUGCGUGGUUUGAAAGUUAAGUUUGCCCAGGAGAACGGAGCCAUCGGUGUUUUGUUAUACAGCGACCCUGGAAAUGAUUAUGGUAUUACUCCGGCCAACGGUUACAAGCAAUAUCCACAUGGCCCUGCCAGACACGAAAGUGCUGUUGAGAGAGGUAGCGUUCAAUUCUUAGGAGGUGUUGGUGCAGCUCCUGGAGACCCAACUACUCCGGGUUACGCAUCCAAACCGGGUGUUGAACGUAAGGAUCCUCACAACAGUAUUGGUAAGAUUCCUGCCUUGCCAAUCUCUUAUCGUGAAGUUAGACCAAUCUUGGAAAAAUUAAAUGGAUAUGGCAGUAAUAUUUCGGAUGAGAAAUGGAGAGGAGAACUCGAAGGGUUUGAUUAUUCGACGGGCCCUAACCCAGAAGUCAAGUUAAACUUAUACAAUAAUCAGAUUUACAACAUUAGUCAAUUGCAUAAUGUUUAUGGAGAAAUCGAGGGUGAGAAUAAGGACGAAGUUAUAAUUAUUGGUAAUCAUCGUGAUGCAUGGGUAAAAGGUGGUGCAGGCGAUCCUAAUUCAGGAUCUGCUGCACUUUUGGAGGUUGCUAGAGGCUUAGGCGAAUUAAAGAAAUCUGGAUACAAAUUUAAGAGAACUAUUAUCUUACAGAGCUUUGAUGGAGAAGAGUACGGCUUAUUAGGCUCUACUGAAUUUGGUGAAUAUGCUGCAAAGGAAUUAAAGCGUAAGGUUGUAGCUUAUUUGAAUGUUGAUGUCGCAGUUGUUGGGCGCGAUUUAAAGAUGGGAGCAUCCCCAGUUUUAAACCAUAUUUUGAGGAAGGUGGCGAAAACCUUGAGUUAUCCUGGUGAAAAAUCCGGCUCAUUAUACGACCACUUUGUUCAGAAAGCUGGGGAUAAGAUUCGUAAUCUUGGAUCAGGUUCUGAUUAUACCGUCUUCUUGGAACAUUUGGGAAUUCCAUCUGUUGACAUGUCUUUCGCUCAAAGUAAAGGUGACCCAAUUUAUCAAUACCAUUCAAAUUACGAUUCGUACCACUGGAUGGAAAAAUUUGGUGAUAAAGGAUUUGUUUUUCAUAAUUUAUUGGCUAAGUACUUAGGCUUAGUCGCAUUGGAAUUGAACGAGAGACACUUAAUCGACUUCAAGUUAGAGGAUUAUUCAAAAGAUUUGUUAAAGUACUAUAAUGAAACGGCUGAUCUUAUCCCGAAAAAAUGGCUCCACAAACAUAUUGUCAACAAGGACACUUGGGAUGACUAUCUUAAAUAUGAUCUUCAAAAUGAGAGAUCAGUUUUUGAUGACUCUUACAGCUACUAUUCGUUAAAAACAUUAUACCCAUUCCCAGAACUUUUAGCUCCAACCCAAUGCAAACACAACAAGGUACAUACCAUGUAUGAUUCGAAACACCACCGGAAUGCCACUUUACAAGAGCUUGUUGGGAAAACUUACGAAGAUUUAUUGAAUUUGGAGAAUAAAGCAACUAUUUUUGAUGCAGAAACCGAUAACCUUCAAAUCAAAUACGAUAGGAGAGAUUCAUUACAUUGGUGGCAACGUAUUAAGUUGCAUUUCCAAAUUAAGAAGCAUAACAAACUCCUUCAAUAUUUCGAAAGAAACUUUCUAUAUCAUAAAGGUUUGGAUAAAAGAUCUUGGUUCAAGCAUAUUGUAUUUGCCAGUGGUAGAUAUACUGGCUAUGCUGGCCAAACUUUCCCAGGUUUAAAAGAAGCCAUUGAAGACGGCGAAAUAGAAAACCUUGUCAGAUGGUUAGGUAUUGUUUCCAAAUCUAUUAGAAGAGUGUCUACGCAGUUAUCGUUGUAG